AUGCUUCCUGCGGCGUCACCCGCCGCGAUCGCGUCUCUCCCCGCGACGUUCGCGCCCCCGAAGGCACUCCGCGCGCGGAGAAGGCGCGGUCGAAGAUCCAAGACGCCCGCGUUCGCCCCCGUCUCCGUGGCCUCCUCCUCCAACCCGCAGACCCUGCCCCGCGGCGGCAAGAGCGCCAGGGGCGAGGGCGCGGGCGUCACCGUCGUCGGCAUCGGCACCCGCGGCACCGUCGUCGUCGACCGACUCGUCAAGCAGAAGGUCCUCCCGCUCGCCGAGUACUGGGUCCUCAACUCCGACACAAACUCCCUCCAGAAUAGCGCCGCUCCCAACCGAUGGCGCCUGCCCCCGGGCAACGUCCCGGCCACCGACAGCGCUGUCCUCGACAACGCAGCCUCCGCGGCGAACGCCAUCCUAUCCGGCGGCGUAUCCAGGCGCCCACCCGGCACGAUCCUCGUCCUCGCGUCCGCCGCGGAAGCCGCGGGAGCGGGGCUGGAGACGGUCAAGGCGAUCGCCCGACUCAAAGACGGAGAGGCGCCGCAGCGAAAGUGGUCGCUCAGCGGAUUCGUCGGCAGGUCCAGGGCCAACGCCAUCGCCCACCGCGGGCCCCUGCUCAUCUCCGCGGUGGUCUGCCCCUUCGACUUCGAGGGUCCGAGGAAGAGCGCGUUGGCGGCUGAGUUUCUGGACGCCGCGCAGAUGGCCUCCGACGUCGUCUGCGCCGUGCCGCAGGCUUCGCUGACCGAGUCCAGCGAGGGCACCGCGCUGACCGUCGCCGAGGCCACCGAGUACGCCGACACCACGCUGCAGUGGAGCGCGUGGACGGUGCUCGAGAUGCUUCGAUCUCCCGCGUGGGUCGGUACCAACGCCGCGGGCGGAGCCGGCAAGGUUCUCGGCUGGGACCAGGAACUCACCGCGGGUCUGCUCAGGUCCGCGGUGACUGGCCGCGACCAGGUGGGCGCCGGGAUCGACGGGUGCGGCGUCGCGUCCGUGGGCCACGGCGCCGCGAACGUGCAGAUCGCGGGGUUCCCGCUGGGGCAGGCGCAGGCUGCCGCGGUGAGGCAGGCGGUGAUCGCCGCGGCGAGAGAUUCGCCGUUUCUCCGCGGAUCCCUCUUUCGAGCCGCGGAGCUCGUGGCGUGCUCCAUCACCGUGGGCGGCGAGCUCACCGCGGGGGCGCGCGCCGCCGCGUCCGACGCCCUGGCGCAGCUCACGAACGGCGAGUGCGUGCAGGUCAUCACCGCGCCGCCCGCGGAUGUUCGAGCCGCCGGGGACGUCGUGGAGGUGACGCUGAUGGUGGUCACGGAACCGUCCGUCGCGUACGCGCCGAGGAAGCUCGGCGAGAAGAGACGCGAGACAACCUCCGGCGCGCAUGUCGGGCGGGGAUCCAAGGAUUCGUACGACACGUCCGUAUCCUUCCCGGAGAUUCCGGGAAUAUCCAACGUGAAGCCCGGGAGGCUGGCGAGCGCCUUCAACGAGGCAAAACGCGCGCAGCAGGCGCUCGGCAUCGGCUACGACGCGACGGGCCCGAGGACGGCGACGGCGUCGGGAAUGAGCCCUCCCGGGGACGAAACCGCCGCGGACGACGACGAGGGCAAGGCCAAGAAGGCUCAGAAGCUCACGGGCGAGAUGAUGCGAAAGCUCGGCCUGAACGACCCCAAGCGAAUGGUCGACGAGCACGAGGAGGGUCAGAAGCGCGCCGCGAACGGCCGCGUGAACGGAGACCCGUCCCCCGCGCCCGCGGUUAGCUUCCGGGGGGAAGAGGAGGAAGAGAAGGUGUCCAAGGCGCAGAUAUUGGACGCCGCCGCGAGGGGCGAGGCGCCGCCGCCCCUGCCCGUCCCGAAGAAGCGGGAGACGGUCAGGGUCAAGGUUGAGAGCGCGCUGCCCAUGCCGGAUCCCGAGGAGGUUGCCGCGCGGGUCGAGGCACCGGAGGAGGUUGCCAAGCCCGCGGUGGAGCCCCUCGCGCGUAACGGCGCCAAAGUUUUCGCGGACGUCCACCUCGAAGACGAAGCCGAAGAGCCCGAGCAGCCCGAGCCGCCCGAGCCCGCGCCCGAGCCCGUGGCGGACGUCGCCGCGGCUGCCAUGAACCGCCCCAAACCCCCGAAGACGGUCGAGCCCUCCGUCGACGACGACGCGUCAGCCGUCGCCGCCGACGCCGCCGAGAAGGCUGGCUCCGUUCCCGACGUCGUCGUGGCGCUCCCUCGCGAGAUGGGCAAGGUUCAGGUGGCGAUUCGUAUCCUCGAGAUGGAGGAGGACGGAUCGGGAAACGUCAUCGGGUACAAGGACCUCUCCGGGGCUCCGGCGAACGCUUCGGACGGCGGCGCCGACUCGGACAGCGACGAAGAGUACCGCUCCGACGAGCCCGCGCCCAAGCGCGGCAUAUUCGGCUGGACCGGCCGCGAGAAGCAGGAGGCGCCGAGGGGCUCCAAGGAUGCGGUCAAGAACCGCCUCGCGUCUGUCCUCGACAAGGAUCGAAGCGGGUGGAGCCGCGACGUGGUUCGCAUGGAGUUCGCGGGAAGCUCCGUGUACGAGGGCGAGUGGGCCGCGGGCAAGCAGGAGGGCGAGGGCAAGCAGGUGUACUCGUCGGGCGACUGGUACGAGGGCAGGUGGCGCGAGGGUUUGCCCGACGGCCGGGGCAAGCUGUGGUACAUGGCCGGCGGGCAUUUCGAGGGGAUGUGGAUGGGCGGCGCGCCCAACGGCCCCGGGGUGCUGGACCUGGAAGAGGUCGGCGGGCCGCGCGUGGACGGCCGGUGGGUCGACGGCAAGCUCACGGAGCAGUGGUAA